AGCUAUUAACGGUGACGAAUAGACAACAUGCGCAUCUUCUUGAGCCUGUGGACGUUAGGGGUGCUGUGUGUGGUUCUGCAACAGGCCAACGCACGAAAGCUAGAGAGCAUCGCAUCGAAUCUGAUCACGGGAAGUAACAAGCUUGGUCAAGUAAAGCAAAACGUGGACACGUACGAAGACCUGUCCUCGUCGAACCAGCAGGAUGUUGGCAGCGAGGCUGUACCGGAGAGUACGGAAACGAACGAAAUCGAGGAUGAGGUGGCCAGUCCUGAGGUGGUGAAUGAGGUGCUCGAAGAAUCGAACGUUGUACCCCAGGAGGUGGUCAGCGAAGUGACGGAAGUUAAUACGGACGAUUCCAGUCUCAUCAAUCGGUACUGCCGUUGUACGGCAUACGAGUGUAAUUGCUGCCGGGACAUUGAUGUACCACUGUUCCCUAUCAAGGGUCCUGGUUGUGCCGUAGUACAGUAUCUGGAUGGUGACCGGAUGUCGGUGGGAGUAAAGUUUGCCGAUCGUAUGAUCGUAAACCGUGUCAUCUCCGCGAGAAGAGCGACUCCGGUUUGUCUUCCGUUGCCCGGUGGAUAUAACCGAUUUUGUGGCCGUGUUUACGGUAUCUCGAGAAAGGCAAACGAAGGAUUUAAGGCUUGCUUAGGACUGGAGCUGCGAGCGGAUGAUGAGGUGGAGGCAGUGCUGCGGGUAUCGUGCUUCAAGUUUGGACCGCGCGGUCUGUCGGUGAUGGAACCGGAACCUCUGCCACCGGUCGAUGAUAUCGAUGUGGGCGAUGAGGAUGAUGAGGACGAUGAUGAUGAGGAGGAUGAUGAUUUGGAUCUCGGAUUUUCCCUCGACGAAGAUGACGAUGACGAGGAUGGCGAAGAAGAUGAUGAUGACGGUGCGGAUAGCGUGCAGGACAACGAAACCGACCAGAGUGACUCACCGGACUACACCGGGUUCAGCUUUCUCGAUCGCAAUCUAAUGGGAGGUUUGCUGGGGGUGAAAAAUUUCUUUGGAAGACGUUGACAUGGACCCCAAAAUGUGGUAUUGGGAAGAUUGUCGUCGAAUUUUAAUUCAUAAUUCCGUCUUCAACAAACCUACGAGGUUCGCGGUAUCGCGUGGUGUGUGAAUCGACUACAACAAAAAAGGGGCGAGUACGGC